GUUACAUGCGCGACCCGGAAGUUGUUCUAGUGGCAUUUCAGUGUGUUUUUGGCGAGGCAGCUGCGUGUUAACGAAAGACAGACCAUGGGUAAAUCCAAACAGGUGGGAAACCACAAAAACGGUAGCAAGAAGAACAUUGCUAAGCAAUGGAAGACUAAGCGCAGGACGAAGGACCUUGACCAGAUACAUGUUGAUAUGAUCCCCGCCAAUUCUGUCAAGUUACUAAAGCAAGAGGUUGAUUAUGAUGUCACAGGCUGUGCGCAGAAUUACUGCCUCCACUGCGCGAGACACUUUGUUGAUUUGAAAACCCUGAAGGAGCAUUUUAAAUCCAAACCUCAUAAUAAACGUUUGAAGCAGCUGAGAGAAGAGCCGUACACACAGGCAGAAGCAGAACGGGCAGCAGGAAUGGGCUCCUACAUCCCACACAAAACCAAAGAGGUUCACACACAGCAGGUCGAGGAGAAUAUGGACUGAAAGAGUAUUUGGCUCUGCCUCUCUGUGGGCUCUUACUUUUUUUUACAUUUGGUCUGGAUUCAGAAUAAGGAUUUAACCUGUUUCACUGAUAAAACUAUUCCAUGAAAUAAUGUGCAAAAUCUCAAACUUAGACCAGUUUCUGGGAUAUUCUAUGUCAACAAAAAGUACAUAAUGGAUAUGUAAAUUCACAGUUUCUUUUAUUUUAAGGAAGUCAUAGAACACCUACUUCUGCUGCACAUGUAAAGCUGUUAGCUGAUGUGAAAUUAUGACAUGAUGGAAAUAAAAAAUCACGUGGAAAACCUU